GCCGGCGGCGACUCUAAGCCCAAAGGCGAUGGAAAGAAUGCAAAUGGAUCCAAACAGCGUUACAAUCGUAAAAGAGAAACUUCAUAUUCAAAAAAUGAGAACUUUUGCAGCCAGUCCCGUCGCUCCAAUUCACAGAAAAGCAAAACUUUUAAUAAGAUGCCCCCUCAGAGGGGGGGCAGUGCUGGCAGUGGCAAACUUUUUAGCUCUUGUAAUGGUGGAAGACGAGAUGAGGUAGCAGAAGCUCAACGGGCAGAGUUCAGCCCUGCCCAAUUUUCUGGUCCCAAGAAGAUUAACCUGAACCACUUAUUGAAUUUCACCUUUGAACCCCGUGGCCAAGGAGGUCACUUGGAUGGGAAUGGACCUGGCAACUGGGGGAAAAGAAAUAAAUGGGGACAUAAGCCCUUCAACAAGGAGCUCUUCUUACAGGCCAACUGCCAGUUUGUGGUGUCUGAAGAUCAGGACUACACAGUCCAUUUUGCUGACCCAGAUACCUUGGUCAACUGGGACUUCGUGGAGCAAGUGCGAAUUUGUAGCCAUGAAGUACCCUCCUGCCCAAUAUGCCUGUAUCCACCUACUGCAGCAAAGAUCACCCGCUGUGGGCAUAUCUUCUGCUGGGCAUGUAUCCUGCAUUAUCUCUCCCUGAGUGAGAAGGCUUGGAGCAAAUGUCCUAUCUGUUAUGGAUCUGUUCAUAAAAAGGAUCUCAAGAGUGUUGUUGCUAUGGAAACACGCCAGUAUGCAAUUGGUGACACCAUUACAAUGCAGCUGAUGAGACGAGAGAAAGGUGUCUUGAUAGCAUUGCCUAAAUCCAAGUGGAUGAAAGUAGUACAGCCUAUUCACCUUGGAGAUGAACAGCACAGCCAAUACUCUAAGUUGCUUCUGGCCUCCAGGGAGCAAGUGCUGCAGUGGGUGAUCUUGGAAGAGAAAGCAGCGCUGCUACGACAGUAUGAGGAGGAGAAACACACUUCUGAGGCCUGCUUCAUUGAGGCAGCUAUCCAGGAACUGAAGGAGCGAGAGAUUGCCCUCUCUCCUGACCAGAUUAAAGACUGUGACAUUGCAGGAGCCACAGCAGCUGUAGAGGAAUUGACCCUAGAGGGUUCUGAGACCAUAGAGUUUCCAGUUUCCCAGGAGACAAAGUGUGUUCUAGAAUAUCUAUCUGCAUUUGAUGAAGAAAUAGUGGAAGCUUCCUCUGUGGAUUCUGCAAGCUCCUUUCUGCUUCCUACAGAAGCAGGAGAGGGAGUGAUGGAUGAGGGGAAGGUACCUGAAGUGGGCACUAUGGACAUACCAGAUGUGAAUAGUAUAACAGAGAGCAGUCCAGCUGAAACUAACUGUCAGAAAACUAAAGAUGCAACUACCAGUGGACAUCUGAGCAACUCUCCUUUUUAUUACUUCUACCAAGCGGAGGAUGGACAGUGUAUGUACCUUCACCCUGUGAAUGUUCGCUGUCUUGUUCGUGAGUAUGGCAGCCUGGAGAAGAGUCCAGAGAAGAUUACUGCAGCUGUAGUAGAGAUAGCUGGCUACUCCAUGACAGAGGAUAUAAGACAGCGUCAUCGUUACCUAUGUCACUUGCCUCUCACCUGCGAAUUCAGCAUUUGUGAACUGGCUCUGAAGACUCCCAUCCUUUCCAAGGAAACCCUAGAGAUGUUUUCAGAUGACCUUGAAAAGAGGAAACGGCUGCGACAGAAGAAAGCUCGUGAUGAGCGGCGUCGGGAACGCAGAAUUGAGAUGGAGGAGAACAAAAAGCAGGGCAAGUAUCCAGAGGUCCACAUUGCUCUAGAGAAUCUGCAACAGUUCCCUGCCUUCAGCUCUUGCUUGGGAGAGUCCAUCAGCAGUGAUAACCAGAGUCCUUUUUUACUUCCUCCUCUUGGUAGAAGUCCUGUAUCUGAGACAGAGUUUGUCCCUACUACACUGUUACCAGCUGCCAGCCUGGUCAGCCCAUCACUCUGUGGGAGCUUGGAAGAAGAGUCUCCUUUCCCCUCCUUUGCUCAGAUGCUGAGGGCUGGAAAAGCAAAGCCAGAAAUAUGGCCAAAAUCUGCUCCAAAGAAAAAAGAGGAAAAUACUCUUGCCCCUCCUGCUCCAAUGGAUAGUGAUGGAGAGAGUGACAACUCUGACCGGAUUCCUGUGCCCAGCUUUCAAAAUUCUUUUAGUCAGGCUAUUGAGGCCGCCUUCCUUAAAUUGGACAAGCCAUCCACAUCUAAUCCUCUCUCUGAAGAAAAGGGAGGCAAGAAAAGAAAGAAGCAGAAGCAGAAGCUGCUCUUCAGCACCUCGGUUGUUCACACAAAGUGAUAUGCAGUCCCAGAGAACUUCUCUCUCCUCUUGGUUUUUCUUUUCAUUUUGCUUUUUGUUUUGCUGCUAUAGUUUAAGUAUUUAAGUUUGAACAGAUUUAAUCUGUUUCUGGGGCUUGAGGGGGGAAUCUGUGGAAACUUAUAUCACAGUAAGGAGAGAAAAUUUUCCAGAUUAUUUUGGUCUAAACCAAUUGAAUAAAGUAUUGAGAAACACUGAACCUGGAAAACCAUUUAGCCAAGGCUUCCAGUCUGUGCCAAGUCAGUUCUUCUGGCCUAAUACCCAGUUCAAAUGUGUUUACAGCUGUCUAUGGCACUGCCAGAGUGUUGCAAUAUGCUGCCUCCGUGAAGAGGCUGAGAACCUGCGUAUCAACAUGCAUGGGAAGAAAGAAGUCUAGUAGACUAGACAUGGCAGUGGUGUAGCUUUCAGCAAAGCUGAAAAGAAACAUCAUCCUCUUAGCAGUUGCUGUUUGCCUCACACUGGAAACGAGAGCAGUAGGGUUAUCUGUUGUUCUUGCCUUUCUAAACAGUAAUAAAUCCUUCAGUUUAAUUCUUCUGGCUUUUAGGAUUUAGAGUUGAGGUGAAUGAAGCAGAACUUGGCUCAAAUGACAACUCAUACUGGAAUCCCUUCAUCAAAGAGGAUGACAGGGAUGCUUGUUAGAAGAGACCAUCCUAGCUUACAGUUUGGAGUACUUCAACCUGGGUGAGGGAAACUGUGGUUCUCUAGACCUUAUAUGCUAGAGUCUGUGUGCUUGCAUGAGCUGCAGUAAUUAAAUUGUUCCUAGAAUUCUGAAUGAUGAGGCUUGGUGGGGUUUUGAGACCUAGCUGGUCUCAAACUAGAGGAACAAGUGACACUAGCUGCAGGUUUCAGAAAAAUAACCCCAUAGCAAGGAACCAGGAUCUGUUUCUUUCAGGACACAGGCCUGCAUCUGUUUGGUUUGUGGGCAUACAUUGGACUGUACUGGGCACAUCUUACUAUAAACAUGCCUCUUUCCACCUACCCCCUUUCUUUUUCUUUACUUGAGCAGUCUUUCUACACUGCUUGUGGUUUGAUUUGAAGCUAAUGAGUUAAGUGGUGUGGAUUUUUGUUGACUAAAAUGAACCAUAGGUGUAAUGUACCAGUGAAGGCAAACAGUUGCAAUAAAUCAUAUGCACACAUGGAA